AUGUCAAUGGAAUAUACAGUCUUAGACUCUUCAAUUUCUUCUCAACGUUAUUCAUCUAAUAAACAGUUUAUAAAUGAUAAUCAAAGUAAUUUGAUGAAUAAUUUCAUAUCUGAUAUAUAUUCGUCUUCAUUAUUUGAACAAUUCCCAUUUCCUAUGAAAAAUUUUCCAUCAACAGGAUCACCUUUACCCUCCAUCUCCCCUAAUCCUUUAUCAUCAUUCCCAUUAUCAUCAAUAACAGUUAGAAAAUUAUCAAAUAUGGAAAUAAUUCAAGAAAAUGACAUACAUAAUGUUAACCUUCAAUUAAACCCUAGUAAAUAUAAAUUACCAUUAUUAUCUACUCAUCAACUAACAGAUAAUCAUAUACAGUCAAUAUCAACAACCGAGACAAAUAUUCCAUCGACUUCUAUCACAUUAAUAAAUUCUUUCAAUAAAACACAAUCAAAUGAGUCUAAUAGAUCAAUAAUAAAAAGAACAAAAGCAUAUCAAAAUAUAUAUCAGAAAUCAACUAAAGAUUGUAAUGGAUGUAAUCAACCAAUCUUUGAAAAAACUUACCUUGGAUUAUCUGAUGGACAAUCAUGGCAUAUGAAUUGUUUAAAUUGUAAUACAUGUGGAAAGUGUUUAGAUAAAGAGACUAGUUGUUUCAAUAGAUAUGGACAAAUUUAUUGUCGUAAAGAUUAUGAACAGUAA